GAUAAGAAAAAGAAAUAUGAACCUCCUGUACCAACUAGAGUGGGGAAAAAGAAGAAGAAAACAAAAGGACCAGAUGCUGCCAGCAAACUGCCACUGGUGACACCUCACACUCAGUGCCGAUUAAAACUACUCAAGUUAGACAGAAUUAAAGACUAUCUUCUCAUGGAGGAAGAAUUUAUUAGAAAUCAGGAACAAAUGAAACCAUUAGAAGAAAAGCAAGAGGAGGAAAGGUCAAAGGUAGAUGAUCUGAGGGGGACCCCAAUGUCAGUAGGAACCUUGGAAGAGAUCAUUGAUGACAAUCAUGCCAUCGUGUCUACAUCUGUGGGCUCAGAACACUACGUCAGCAUCCUUUCAUUUGUGGACAAGGAUCUGCUGGAACCCGGCUGCUCAGUCCUACUCAACCACAAAGUGCAUGCUGUGAUUGGGGUGCUGAUGGAUGACACAGAUCCUCUGGUCACAGUGAUGAAGGUGGAAAAGGCCCCCCAGGAAACCUAUGCUGACAUUGGUGGGUUGGACAACCAAAUCCAGGAAAUAAAGGAAUCUGUGGAGCUUCCUCUCACCCAUCCUGAAUACUAUGAAGAGAUGGGUAUAAAGCCCCCUAAGGGGGUCAUUCUCUAUGGUCCACCUGGCACAGGUAAAACCUUGUUAGCCAAAGCAGUAGCAAACCAAACUUCAGCCACUUUCUUGAGAGUGGUUGGCUCUGAACUUAUUCAGAAGUACCUGGGUGAUGGGCCCAAACUUGUACGGGAAUUAUUUGAGUUGCUGAAGAACAUGCGAGUUGCUGAAGAACAUGCACCAUCCAUUGUGUUUAUUGAUGAAAUCGACGCCAUUGGGACUAAAAGAUAUGAUUCAAACUCUGGAGGUGAGAGAGAAAUUCAGCGAACUAUGUUGGAACUGUUGAACCAGUUGGACGGAUUUGACUCACGGGGAGACGUGAAAGUUAUCAUGGCCACAAACCGAAUAGAAACUUUGGAUCCAGCGCUGAUUAGACCAGGGCGCAUCGACAGGAAGAUCGAGUUUCCCCUACCCGAUGAAAAGACCAAGAAGCGCAUCUUUCAGAUUCACACCAGCAGGAUGACACUGGCCGAUGAUGUAACCCUUGAUGACCUGAUCAUGGCAAAGGAUGAUCUCUCUGGUGCUGAUAUCAAGGCAAUCUGUACAGAAGCUGGUCUAAUGGCGUUGAGAGAACGUAGAAUGAAAGUAACAAAUGAAGACUUCAAGAAAUCUAAAGAAAAUGUUCUUUAUAAGAAACAGGAAGGUACCCCUGAGGGGCUGUAUCUCUAGUGAACCACAGUUGCCUUCAGGCAAGUGGUUGGGACUUUGCUCAACCCCUGGGAAGGAUGAGAUUUGGGAAGGUGCCCUGAGGGAGACAGUUGAUUUUUAUCGGUAGCAUGGCAUGUCUUUUCUAAUAUGACAUAUAGGGUGCCUACUGGACGGCCUUUGUCUGUGGUCACUGUGCUGCUUGCUCUCUGCUUCCCAAUAAAAUGUGCUCUUUCACAAACAGUCCAUCUGUGGUCUCCACACCUGGCUUGGCAGCAGUCACAAGGAGCCUACACCUCCGUGUCCAUUCACCCUGCUUCAUACUCCCAAAGUUGGUGAUACCACCGUCCUGGUAAUGUCUACAUAGUAUUGUUUUCGAAGAAGAGGAAAUAGCUUUGCUCUGUAGUCCCUGCAGGCUCUUGGCCCUCUGAGGAACUUAAGUACUAGCACUCCAAGAAACUGAAGCAGUGAUGGCGAAUCUUUUAGAGCUUUCAGUGAUACUGCCUACUGUGGCAUGCAUCCCAUAGGCUCGCCACCACUGAAGUAAAGGUUCCUUAAAGAAAACUCAGGGCUGGAAUAGCUCACUCACCCUUGUGUGCCGUUGUUCUUGGGCUCAGGAACCUCAUCAUUUUCAAGAGUGUUCCCUGUCUCUAUUUCUCUCCCUUUCCUUUCUAAAUGAAUUGGUGCUCAACCCCAUAGGUGGAGAAGAUCAAGGUAAGCAUCCACCUGGAGGGUGGUCUGGGUAAAAAAAUAAUAGUUCUUUAGUUGCGGAUUUAGCUUAAAACGAGACAGAUUUACAGCUGGGCUGUUGCCAUUUAUAGUCACAAGAUUCAGGAGCCUUAGGUAGGAAGACUUGGACUACUGCAGACAGAGCCUCAGAAACAGUGCAGGCUUAUCUCAGUUCUAAUAGGUCAAAAGCCCAGCACAGAUUUAGAGAAAAAUGCUGUUGGCAACACUGUAUUCCUUUGUUAGAGGCUCUAAGGCAAGAGUCCAUUUCCUCACUGGGGGAGUUUCUGGCACAGCUGUUCGUUGUUGGAGGUCUGAGGUCUUUCUUUGCUGGCCUCCCAGUUUGUGAAGUUCUGUAUCUGCAGAGUACAGCAACUCAAGUAUCAGUAAAGCUGUGACUCUCCUGGUUAUUUCUUCUAUCUUCACAUCUCUAGCUCAUGCACCUCCCUUUUCUACUUGAAAUGGACCCUGCGAUUACACUGGGCUCAUCCAGGUAGUCCAGGAUAACCUUUUAAAGACAGUUUCCAUUUGCAAAGUUCCUUUUGUUGUUUUACAGUCAUAGGUCCCAGCACUUAGGUGUGGAUGUCUUUGGUGAACCACUCUGGCUUUCACAGGACAUCCAAACUUGAGCCGUGUAGCGCAGUAAGAGGACAGUGGGACAGUAAGGGUGUCUGUCCCAGCAGUGAGCAGGGUGUCACGUGGAAGGGCAGUGCAGCAUGGGAACGGGUGUGGGCAGGUGAGGACACCAUCCAGCUGGGGUGCUGGGGCUUAAGUAGAGAAGGCUGCAGCAGGAGUGAAUGGGGGGAGGCAUACCUAAAAGGGCAGCCUGAUAAGCGCUGGGACCCACACAAGCAAGGGCAUCAAGGUAAAAACAGCAGCAGAACGUGAGUCAUAUGUGGUCACACGGUAAGAAUGGCAGAAGUGGUAUUCAGUGAAAAAGGAGUUACAGAUGAAAUAAGGAAAAGAAAAACAAACGAGUACCUGCCU